AAUCUUCAUUGAGAAAAAAACAAAAACAAAACCAGAGCCAUGGACAGAGAACAAGAAGAGAUGCAAUUUCUUGGGUUCUUUGGGGUCUUCAAAGAAUCCUCCAAGAUCAUAUAUUCAUGGUGGAAAAUCUUCAGCCAGAUUACCUUGACCUUAAUCUCCCCUCUCUCCUUCAUCUUCCUCAUUCACAUAGAGGUCUCCAAUGUUCUCUUCAGGAAGAUUCUAUACAACUCAGUAGAAAUGAACGAAACACAGCGUGGCACACCUCAGUACGAGAAGCUCUCUGACAUGGUCUCCUCUGAAUGGAUCACUUUCUGGUUAUUCAAGUUCGUUUACUUCUUUUUACUCCUCAUCUUUUCCCUCCUCUCUACCUCUGCAGUGGUCUACACCAUCGCUUCUAUCUACACUGCAAAAGAUGUAACCUUCAAGAAGGUCAUGAGCGUUGUCCCCAAGGUUUGGAAGAGGCUUAUGCUCACUUUUUUAUGCACUUUUGCUGCUUUUUUCGCUUACAACGUUAUGACUCUGCUGGUUAUAAUCUUAUGGGCACUUACAAUUGGGACAAAGAAUGGUGGGGUUGCUGUUUUUGUGUUGAUAACAAUUUUAUAUGUUAUUGGGUUUGUGUACCUCACCUUGGUUUGGCAACUAGCUAGUGUUGUGACCGUGUUGGAAGAUUCUUAUGGAAUUCAAGCUAUGAUGAAGAGCAAGGAAUUGAUUAAGGGGAAGAUGGUUUUGUCCAUACUCAUAUUUUUGACGCUCAAUGUUUCAUUUUUUCUGAUAAGGUUUUUGUUCAAGGUUGUUGUGGUCAACGCGUGGACAUUGGGUUCUGUGGACAGAACAUUGUAUGGGAUUCUGUGUUUCUAUCUGUUGGCUAAUUUCUUCCUCUUUGGGCUUGUUCUGCAAACUGUGCUCUAUUUUGUUUGCAAGUCCUAUCAUCAUGAGAAUAUUGACAAAUCGGCCUUAGCAGAUCAUCUUCAAGUGUAUCUAGGAGAAUAUGUGCCAUUAAAGGCUAAAGAUCUUCAGCUGGAGCAAUUCCAAGUUUGAUAUAUAGCUUAGAUUAAAAAAAAGAAAAAGAAAGAAAAGAUAUUGUGUCUAUAUUGAUGAUAUGGUUAUAUCUGCAAUAGUUUCUUGAUGCCAUAAGAAAUUUCGUUGUGUGAAAUUCCAGGGGCUUAUGUUCAAUAUUGGUUAUAUGUUUUGCUGUGAGUAUUGUUCACGUUGACUUUGUAAAUUUUAUCGUAGAAUAAGAGGUAGAGGAAAAAUAGAAGCGUGUGUUAGUUGUAAGACUCAUUCCUUGUUCCUAAUUACUACUACCCCUCUUUCUUUUCUAUUUUUUGAUAGACAGUA